AUGUAUUGUGCUACUGUGAUCACCACCCUCUCGCUGCUGGCAUGUGUCAAUGCGCAGCUGCUAGAGAUCCCCGAGAUGGACGAUAUGAUCAGUGAGGCUAUGCGCCCCUUUGAACAAUAUACUGCUUUUGAUGCUCCCACGGAAAUUGCCUCGAUUGCAGCCCCCGUGGAGUCAGUUGCCCCAGUAGCUCAGGAUGUUAUCGUCGAAGCUGCAGCUGCCGUUGCAGCUGCAGAUACUGGAUAUUGGCUGGCAGACAUUGCUCACCAAGGAAAAGCGGCCUUCAACUCAAACCCCUCUGGCUACACCGUCUUCCGCAAUGUGAAAGAUUAUGGAGCCAAGGGUGAUGGAGUCACCGACGACACUGCAGCCAUCAACGCAGCCAUAAGCGCUGGUGGUCGUUUUGGCCCGGCUGGCAGACAGACCUCGACUACAACUCCCGCGAUAGUCUACUUCCCCUCUGGAACAUACCUGAUCUCAACAUCAAUUAUUGAUUACUAUUUUACCCAGCUUAUUGGUAAUGCGAAUGCCAUGCCGGUUCUAAAAGCAACUGCAGGCUUCACCGGGUUGGGCCUGAUUGAUGGUGACCAAUACCAAAACGAUGGGAAUCAGGGUUGGAUAUCGACAAAUGUGUUCUUCAGACAGAUUCGAAAUUUCAAACUGGACUUGACUUCAAUUCCUGCUGGCACUGCCGCAACUGGUAUUCACUGGCCGACUGGUCAAGCUACCAGCAUUCAGAAUGUCCAAAUCGUGAUGAGCUCGGCUUCUGGGACUCAACACCAGGGUAUAUUUAUUGAGAAUGGCUCCGGGGGCUUCUUGACCGAUGUUACCAUUACUGGUGGUCUCUAUGGAGCCAAUGUCGGCAACCAGCAAUUCACAAUGCGGAACAUGAUCAUCCAGAAUGCAGUAACUGCAAUCUCUCAGAUUUGGGACUGGGGAUGGACUUAUCAAGGUCUCGUCAUUAUCAACUGCGGCACUGCUAUUUCAAUCAGCAAUGGUGGUGUUGGAAACCAACUAGUUGGCUCGGUAAUUGUCAUUGACAGCACUAUCCAAAACACCCCGACCUUUGUGACCACCGCUUGGCAAAGCUCGACUAAUUCCACUGGAAGUCUCAUUCUGGAAAACAUCGUCCUUAACAAUGUCCCUGUUGCAGUCAAGGGCGCAAGCGGCACUGUUCUUGCCGGCACCACAGGCUCAACUACUAUCAGUGCCUGGGGUCAAGGACACAAGUAUACACCUAAUGGGCCGAACAAUUUCCAGGGCUCUUUUACGCCACCAACACGUCCCAGUGCUUUGCUCGCUAGUGGAUCAACUAAGUAUUAUACCAAGACCAAGCCUCAGUAUUCUCAGUCACCAGUCUCUUCUUUUGUCAGCAUCAGAAACGCGGGUGCUACGGGAGAUGGCUCGACUGAUGAUACGGCUGCCAUCCAAUCCGCCCUGACGUCUGCCGCGUCUUCCGGCAAGAUUCUAUUCUUUGACCAGGGAACCUACAAGGUCACCAAGACCCUUUACGUUCCCCCUGGCUCUAAGAUUGUCGGCGAGGCGUUCCCGGUCAUCAUGGCCAGCGGGAGUACAUGGUCCAGCAUUACAAACCCCGUUCCUGUCAUCCAAAUCGGCAAGUCCGGAGAAUCUGGCUCGGUGGAAUGGUCCGACAUGAUACUCAGCACCCAGGGCUCAACACCAGGCGCUAAAAUGGUUGAAUGGAACUUGGCUGCCACGUCAGGGUCUGGAAUGUGGGAUGUACACACUCGCAUCGGUGGCUUCAAGGGAUCUCAGCAGCAGGUUCCUCAGUGUCCAACUUCAGCAGCUGUCUCCGCCGCUUGUGAGGCUGCAUAUAUGUCCAUGCAUAUUACCAGCGUUGCGAGUGGUGUCUAUCUGGAGAAUGUGUGGCUCUGGACCGCCGACCAUGAUCUUGAUACUGGGAACGAUAUUCAGAUUUCAGUUUAUACAGGACGUGGUUUGUUGGUGGAAGGCAAGAACGUUUGGCUAUAUGGCACUGGUUCCGAGCAUCACUCGCUGUAUCAGUAUCAGUUCUCCGGUGCAACUUCUAUAGUGGCCGGAUUUAUCCAGACAGAAACACCAUACUACCAACCAAACCCCAAUGCCGCCAACAGUCCAUACCCCACCAACACUGCUCUCAGAGACCCCACUUUUAGCUCAUGCCUCGGCGGAAACUGCAACGCUCUCGGCCUCCGGGUUCUCGACAGCACAAAUGUCAUCGUCUACGGAGCAGGUCUGUACAGCUUUUUCAACAACUACAGCACCACAUGCUCCACAUUCCCCUUGCCCGAGAACUGUCAGAGCAUGAUAUUUAGUAUCGAAGGUACCACGAGUGGACUGGUGGUAUACGCACUCAGUACUGUUGGCACACAGUAUAUGAUCGUGAAGGAUGGUGUUGCAUUGGCCAAGGUUAGUGAUAACCUGGCUACGUACGCUGCCACUAUUGCAUACUUUACUCUGUAG